GACUUAGAUCAUCCAUGGAGGCUCAAUAAGAUGACCAUCAUGUACCAGGAAUAUGUAUGAAAGUCCGUUCUGUUGAUCUGCUGAAGCUUCAGCAACCAUCCUGGUUCCAACAAGUGCCGUGAGGGCAAGAUCAUCAAAAGUCCAACAGACCUGGAUUGUAUUCAUCCCUCCAUGAUCGACAUCUCCAAGCUCAAGUUCAACGACUGCGAGCAGAUCCUGGAGCGCGUCGUGAAGGGAUAUGAAGCUGCCAAUGCUUAGUUCCGCUUAGGAGACUUGCUUUUUGACUGCUGUGUUGCAAAUAGGGUGAUUUACCGGGGGAUAUGAGAUAGAAUAAACCUGCUAUGACCAGGCUUUUAUCCUAUGUUUCUCAAGAGACUGGCAUACUCUCCACCAUAGGUGUAUCCCUAGUCAGGCUGUAGCCGCAUCUGAUGAGUCCUUCAAUGUUCAAAGGUUCAUAUCACUGCAGGUUAUUGCUGAGUCUUCCCUCCGCCCUUUUGCGAAACUGCCCAACGCACCUUGAUCCGAUAACCGCUACACACGUAGCAAAGCAAAUUCCCUAUCACCCCCUCCAUUCCCCAAGUCUUUCUCCAAUUUGGCGCCACAUUAUCUCCUUAUCAAUCCCGUCUCUGACGGAUCAGUGGUUGAAGAGGUAAACGGAUGGCGCAGAAGGAAUUGCAGCAACCUAAAUCUGGUAAAACCAGAGGUUGACCUGCCUUGCUUGCAGACUCGCACUGAUGCGUUGGCUAGGAAGCUGUGAGUUUGAGAGUGAGACACAUUACUUUGUAAGAAGUAAGCUUGGCUUUCUUGUUAUGGUUGUUUGAAUGAACAUUAUUUGAUUUGAGAUGCUUCUUUCCUCUAUGUGCCUUUGUCCAGGUAGUAUAUGUCAAUGGAUUUGGUAUAUUCGUAUUUGCAUGGAUAUAGAUAGAAUGUCUGCAUGAAUGUUCUCUGCGUCAACUAUCCAGCUUCAUAUAUCUAAUGCCUGUA